UAACUGAUACAAAAUAUGGGAAACUGCAGGUUAGUUAUGCCUCCUUUCUUGCACGACAUUCUUCAAUUUCGAUGUUGCACAACAUAUGAAAAAAAAUCCCCAUAUGGCAACCAUUUGUGGCUACCAAGAGAUGAAUACCUUGUCAACCAUGGCUGUCUACACAUGGCACCCAUGUGUGACGCCACACGACAACUUCGCCAUCCGUGUUGAAACUUCUAAUUUCUCCCUCUUUUUUGCAAUACAUGAAUUGUUAGUCAUUGUUCCUUAUUUUCUCUCUUACAUCCUAGUUGUUUUUGAUGAUUUCCAGCUGAUGGCCAAGCAUGCUAUAGACUACAAUGUGUUUGGUGGGCCUCAAAACUUUGGCAAGUGGAUGGACGUGCACUCAGCUCCGUCUUGUCCUGCUGAGGCGAGGGCACCUGUUGAGCAUCUAGUUGGGCAGUUUGCUUCCGGCAUGACCAGCUUGCUCGGGAAGUUGGUUGAGGGUUGGACGACACUUAAUGGCUCUGACAGCGACGCGGUUGCGAGGCAGUUCACGCCAUUUGUUGCAGAACGGACACAUCGGCCAACUGGUUGCCGUGGCCGGUACGACUACAAUAGCUCCCAGGAGCUUCCUGACACGCAAGAUGAACUUGAUGGAGAUGCUGGUCUCGACAAGGACGAUGAUGAUGACAUGGAGAAUGUGCAACAUGAAACCAACGAUGAUGAACAUGUUGAAGUUCGUGCAGGUGGUAAGAAGGACAAGGCUGCACCAUAUGUCCCCCCACCAGAGAAAGUCAUUGAACAGAAAGUUGCGAGAGACAAGGGGGUGUCGCCCUCAAAGAGGGGCAGGACUCCAGAGGAUGUUGGGCAGGGCUCUGUUGGCAAGAGGUCUAGGACCGACCCCUUAGCUGCUAGGAGGAGGGUGAAGAAGCCUACUACACGCGUGACCAAGCAGAACAUUAGAGACCCACUCGAACGCAUUCAUUCAAAGUUGUCGACAGGUGGCAACUCAGGUGUUCAUGAGGCGCCAGUCGACAAAACUGCUGCUGCACCGUCCACUGUUCCCACUAGCUCCGAUGCAAGCGGCCGACCAUCUCCGCCGGUUGCAGAUGUGCAGGCUACAACAACAGGCAUCUGUACAUUUGGGAGUGAUGAAUCAGUAUCUGCCAGGACUGCUGAGAUAUUGCCCACUCUGUUGGCAAUGAAGGAUGCUGUUGUGACCCAUGCCACCCGAUCAGCAAGGGUUGAAGUGGACCCUUCCGAUAUCAACCUAAGCAAGGAAGAUUCCCGCUCAUCUGAUACGGAUUCCAAGCGUGUGGCUAGUGGCACUUCCGCGUCCACAAAAGAAGGGGCUGCAGCGACAAUUCAGAAUGAGAUGCCAUCCACAGGUGAGACUCUUGGCACAACAGCUCCAGCUUCUAGUGGUCCAGAGGUUGCUACGGCGACCGUUACGCGAGCUGGUCUUCCACCUAGGCGGCGUAGCCCCCGCAAGCAAUCUGCAGACAUACCCAACGCACCAGCUGUAGCUAGGAGCAGCAGAGAUGACUCUGGUUAUGUGCCCGUGUCCACACUGUUCCCACCACCUGCCAAAAGCAAUGUUAUGGAGAAAACGGCAGUCCGGAGUGCAACUGACGCAGGUGGCAAGCCGGGCACGACUGACGGAGGUGAACGUCCAGAGCAGACUGUGUCUUUACCCGCCGUGGAGAACCCCAUCUUAAAUCUGCGCACUUCUAAGCUCCCAGUCAACAUUGGUGUCCCAUACAGCCCAAACAAGAAGAUUGGCAAGAAAGUUGCGGUUGAUACCGCUGGCAGCACGCCCCGCCCUACUAAUAAGCCUGAUGAUACUGCAGCAGAUGAGGCAGAAAUGUUUGUUCAUCUGUCACCCCUGGAUUCUGCGAAGCAACUUCCUCGCGAUUCGGCUGGUAGGGAGGAGAGGCACCCAUUGGCCUUCACCCCACCGAGUUGUAGCCUUGGCAUCGAUCGCAGUCAAGAUGAACCAGUGGUGCAAGAUCCUAUGCCAGUUGCCUUUGCUUUCCCGGCAGGCAUGGCCCCAAUGAUGGCGCAGCCAAUGGCUGAUGGCAGGAAGGCUGUGAAGUUUGCAGAGCCGAUAGUGCAAGGUAUCCUAACCCACUGUUUGAUCCUUGUAGCCACCCCUGAGGAGAUUACACCGUCACUUGAUGAAGCUUGCCGCAGGAUUGAGGAGGCAACAUUGCAGAGGAGGUCCUCACGAGGUAAGGGGCAAUCAAGUUCUAACGUGCCUGCUGAGUCGGUAUCCGAGGAUACCGUUAGAAGUCCCACCCCUGGUUCUGUGAGGCAGCAUAGGGUAGUUCACGCACCACCCGCGAAUGACUAUGAGCCCGAAGUCAAGGCCACAAAGGAGCAGAACCAGCUGUACGAUAUUGUCAAGCAUUUUAGAAAUGCGAGGUCCAACAGCAAGUACAUGAAGGAGCUGAAAGCGUAA